GGAAAUUGGAAAGGGGCGAUUGGAAAGUACUACUUUCGGUUUUGACAAAACAAAACUGUUUUUCUUUUAACAGUUUAAUUAGUAGACGGAAAGUACGUGCGUGAAACAAGUUGGCUUUUAAUUUCCAAAUGGAAGUUUCGAGGAAGGAGUAUGAACUUGGUUCUGCUGACUGCAGGGGUUAUGCUGUGCUGCUGGUGUAUGAGAAGUUUAUUAAAGCCUCCAAAAGAAAUGGAGCUCAGCAAGAUUUAUGCAACAUGAAAGCAAUAGCUACAUCCCUGGGGCUAAGGCAGAUCAACCAAGGUGUAAAUAAGGAAAUAAACCUUACAAGAGAGAAUACUCUGAAAGUGCUGGAGGAUGCUCGCAUAUUUUUGUCACAAAAAAAUGACUGCCAGAUGUUUGUUUUUAUGAUCAGCACUCACGGGAAAGAACUACCAAACACAGCUGCUAGAGGGCAGAAGGACCAUGCUUUGACCUGUUCUGACGAAGAAUUGAUUUUUUUGAGCACUGAUGUUGUCCAGAGGUUUAAUGACUACAAUUGCCCAAAACUGAAGGGCAAACCAAAGCUGUUCUUCAUUCAGGCUUGUAAAAAUGUGGACCCCACAUGGUAUAUGAUGAAGGGUUCAGAAUUGAUGAAUCCUGAUGGCCGAAUGCACAUCAAUAAGGAAAAUACAAGGAUUUCUGUUGUUAGAAACAUAGAUACCAGCUCCGAAAUAAAGCAAGUGAACAUUGAUGUACAGGACAUUGCAAAAAUCCUUACUUCAAAAAAUUCAGACAACAUAAAAGAUUCAAGAGAGUUCCAUUUGGUUUUAAAUGAUGAAAAGGGGACAGAAGAAUUCAUUGCAAGUACUCAGGACCAUGCAGACUGCUGGGUUAUUGGUCUUUGUGGUCUUAAAUGGCAAAGAGAUGUCUUUUUAGAGCCUUCAAGAGUUCGAGCAAUGCGUAUGAAGGAUGGCAAAGAAGAAGAUGGAAAUGUGACAUUCCAGAGGAAUUGGGGACACGUUCUUUGGGAUUCUUGCUCCAGUCACGUGACAGGGGUGACUGGUGAAGCUGGAAGCCAGACAAGUGCAGAUUCAGUUUCCAUGGAAACAGAUACUAUUGAUGCAGAUGAGACGGCUGCAGAUGCAGGGGGUUCUGGAGACAGUGGGAGAAUGAGAGCUCCUCCCACACAAGUGCUAGCUCCUCCCACACAAGUGCUAGCUCCUCCCAAGCCAAGUUUCACAGAAAAACUACAAGACAUCUACAGAAGAAAAGGAGCCGAAGUGAUAUUGUCUUGUAAGAUUAAUAGUCAAAACUUCAAAGUGAAAUGGGAGAAAGAUUCGAAACCUUUUAUUCCAUCUGCUAGAGUCAAGAUUGUGGACAAAGGCUUCGUACAUCAGCUGAUAUUUACAAAGGUGGAUUAUGCUGAUUCUGGGCUCUAUGCUUGCACUUCUGGGAAUGAGAAAACAUACUCAUUACUCGUUGUAGGAGACUAUCUAGCUCCACAAGGACUGUCAAGGUCGGAGAACAAAAAUGUGUUUACAAUGAAGUGUACUGAUGGAAGUUCGAUUAAGUUUGAAACCGACAACCUUGAGGAUACUGAUCAGGCAGACAUCUGGUUUGAUCUCCUUACCUAUAUCAUGCAUUUUCCAAGUCAUGGAACAGAUGCAGGGGUCUCAGUCAAGGUUGAGGCCAAGAACAGCACAGCUACCAAACAUAGCGGCCAAACAAAGCCAGAUGGAGAUACAGAGGGUGAUUCAAGAGCACGCCCUGACACUGGGAUAUUGCCUCCUCUACCUACAUGUGACGGGAUGGAUGAAGAAGUCUCAUUCAUGACCAAUGGAAAAAACACAUCAGAUCCUCAGCCUGGCAGUCAAAAUAGUCCAUAUGGAGAGACCGAAGGAGAUGCACACGCCAGGCACGACUCCUAUGAAAUACCUUCUAUGCCCACGGGCUAUCCUAUCCAGGUGAGUGAGGGUGCAGAAACAAACACAGAUCAUUUUCCCAUCCAGGAAAGCGGGAAUGGAAGCCAUGCACAACAAACAGGGUCUGAUACCAACAGUCCCCAGACUGUCCCGAUCAUCCCCACAUACAAUCCCCAUGAUAGAUGGGGACACGGAAAGAAAACAUACAUAAACGACCCAAUGCCUCGUGGGGUAAAGUGCAACAGAGAUAUGUUGAUCAUGUCCGCUGUUCCAUCUGGCAUGAUUGGUUGGAGGGAUGCAGGAAAUGGCUCCUGGCUCAUCACAUGUUUGAAAGAAGCCCUGGAAAUGGAAAAUGAGAAGCAGAAAAAUGCAAGAGUGGAUUUCAUGUCAGUGUUGACCAAUGCAACAUGCACGAUGGCUGGGAAGGAAACCUACACCAAGCGUAACAACCCAGCAUGGCACCAGAUGAAAGCUGUUCCGGUCAUUGAGCACCAGCUGCUAAAAAAAUUGAUGGUAAAGCUCAAUUUCGAGUAAGGGUCAACAUUUCUAUUAUCCUCGUUAAAAGUUGUUUUAUUCAACAAAAUAUGAACUUUCGGUGUUUUGUUCUGAAUAUUUUUAAUAAUGAUAAGUGCUGUUUCUGAUUAUAUUUUUGUGCUGCAGCAUGCUGACAUUUGUCUUGAUUGAACAGAACUUGAUAUCAAAGAAAUAUUAUGUACAAUUAGAUGGUUGAAAACAAAACAAACACAUUAUACCUGAUUUAUAGCUGUAAGUAUUAUAACAAUUUGAAUUUGAUUUUUUUUUUAAAUGUUGAUUUUGGUGUUUAGAAAUAUUCACAGCGCAAAAUAUUAAAUGUACUGUAAGUAGAAAACUAGCGAUAAAUGUAUUAAUGGCUAAGAUAUUUCAGAAAAAACACAUUAUAAUGAAUAUAGAUUAAUAUUUAUGCUAAAAUCAUACUCUCCUCAUUAUGUUUUAAUACAUGUAUAUAUGAAAUGUGUUAUUUACUCCUAAGUAUUAAAAUUAAUGGUUAUUAUCAUAGACAUAAUAACUUUUUAUAGGCUUUUUUGUACCAUUAAUAAACAUGACUUGACUACACAUUUAUCUUUCCUGUAAAUGUGUUUUUGAUUAAAAAUCAUCAUUGGCAACAACUUCACUUCUUCCAUAACAGUUCAUAAAUUCUGUUGGAAAGUUAACUGACAUAUUCUUGUUUUAGUGAAUAUGCAUGAGGGAGGGGAGACAACUCUUCUUUCAAUGAAAUCAAAUGUUACAAUUUGAUAUACUUCUUUAACCCUAUACUGCCAGCUGUCACCACAGAUGAGAAGCUUACAAACUUGUUCUAAAACAUGUGGUGAUCUGGCAGACUAGGUUCAAUUCAAGCUUUCGCCAGAAUAUUUUUUCAACUGUCUGUGCAUAUUUUCACAUAAUUCAAUCACAAAACAAACAAAACUGCCUCAUAAAUUAUUCAUGAUUAUGAUAUUUUCCAAGGCUUAUCACCCACUGUACAUAACAAAGCAUAAUGCAGUAGGGUAUUGGGAGUGUUCUACAAUGAUUAAAACUAUGGUGUAUUUUAUUGACAAGCAAGACCAGAAUCUGGUUAUGAAUGUUGUGAGUUUCAGGGCAUCAGUCUUAAUAGGAAUUACUGUACCUUUAUGACAAAAAGGAGUAUUUGUUACAGUAUGCACAGUGGUGUGAAAGGAAUGAACUCCUGCCAUUUCCUCUUGUGUAAUAUGACCCUUAAAUAUUAGUGGUAUGUGACUUAGAAGUAUGCAUUUUUUCUUCCAAUUUACAUAAGAUGUCACUCCUAACAAUGACCUCUCAUUGUGGUGGAUCUGUGGCCAGGGGUUGCUAGUUUGAUUCCCCGCCUAACCACUAAAAUCGUCUUCCCGUAGGGACGUUGAAUAGGGGUACCGUGUGAAAGUGCUAUACACUGGUGCACGUUAAAGAACCAGGGUAGCUCUAACCAGGGUUACAUUCUGUCUGUGCACUAUGCUCAAAUCCCUAAAAUGACUAACAAUCUUAAUCACUCGCUGAAUAGGCAUGGCCCGAAUGCGAGUAUGAAUAAGCUUACACACUGAUCUUACAUUAUAACUGAAUUAUAACAUGUUAAGACCUGUAGAAAAUCAUUCACAGCUUAUUUAAAAAAUAAAAAUCUUCCUUUAAUAGCAGGAGUUGAAUCCAUUCAUACCACUGUGAAAACAUUGUUAUUGUAUUUGGUUGAAGGUUUCUUUUUUGUUUUUUUCUUUUGUUUUUUGAGUAAUUUCUAAAAAAUAUGUAUUGAUUGUGUGUGUGUUUUCUAUAUAUGUAUUUUAUAUUUGUGUAAUGUGAUGAUGAGCUGUUUAUGCUGAAGUCAAAAUAAAACUUCUGUUCUGUAUAAAAUGUGCCAAUAGAAUGUUUUUUGGUGAUUUGUAGAGAUUUAUUAGUGACACAAUUUGAUAAUUUUCACUUCUAAAUCAAAUGUAAGCAUGCACAAGGACUUAGACAUGAUUUCAACGAUGACAUUUUCAAAAUGUCUAUAUGGUCGCGUAUUAUUUGGCACACUUUUCUUAAUUAACUGUUAUUAACUGUCAUUUUUUAGGCAUAUGGUUGACAGGAAUAUUGUUUGUUGCAGUGUUGGAUCACAAUUUAUUAAAAGUAAAUAUUUCACUCAUCACUUGCCAAUAGUGAAAUGUAAUUGUUGUGCUUACUCUGGGAAAUAUAUUGCUACCUUAUACUGAAACAGAUAACUAUCCUCUGUGUAUGUAGAUAUUACAUUUCAUUUUUUGAAUGUCAUUUGUAUGUUUAUGAUAGAUACAAUUGUGCCUUCAUAAUGUAAUUAAAGUUUUCUAUAGAACAAAAUUGUAAACUAGGAUUUCAAGGUGUUAUUAAUUUAUCAAAUUGAACAGAAGAUGUUGUUUUCUUAGUCAAUUUUAGUUCAUAUGUCACAAUUGCAAGCAUAUAUAAUUAUAAGUAUAAAGUUAUUGUUGAAGAAAUACACAGAGUUUCAUGAGGGAAGGAGAGUUAUUAUUGUUUUUUUUCCAAACACAGUUUGUGCUGAUAUAUGUCAAUGUUUGAUACACAAACUUUGUAUCUAUGUAUAUCUGAUCAUAUUGUAUUUUACAUGUUUAUUGUAUUUGGAACUCAGACUGUAUAUGUAGUGCUUCCAUGAACAGAAUUUACAUUAAAACCUUUGUGUGAGAUUGAAUGUACUAACACAAUGUACAUCCUACCCCAGAUUAUGUAAUACAGUAUACAGGUAAGUUGGUGUGAUGUUCCAGUGAUCAUAUCAUUUAACUAUGCAAUAUUUGUGGUUAUUUACUAUAAUGUUUUUUAUUUGUGUUUGUUAAAUUUCAUUUUUUUUUAUUUAUGGAGACCUUUCCUUGAUUCAACUCCAUUUUAGUUAAUCCCAAACAUUUGCCUUUUCAAAUAAUUUUAAAUGAAAUAGUGUACACAUUAUUUUUUUUUAUCAACUUCAAUGUGAAUAAAAUGUCUUUAAGAAGGUGAUUUUAAGAUAGAAAAUUUUGUAAAUUAAUUUCUUAGAUUAUUUUUUUUUUAAAUUUUAUACAUGUAUCUAUAAUUAUUAAAUAAUAAUCUUAUAUUUUUAAGUAUGUUCCUAUUUCUUAAUAUCUCAUGGAUUUUUUAAAAUUUUGUAUUCCUAAAAAUGUUUAGUUUGUUAUGAUAAUUACAUAAUAAAGUAGCAUCUUCUA